AUGUCUGAUCUCACAAUAUCGUAUGAUGAACACCAUUUUGUCGGUUUCGGCUUUGAAUGGGGACAGCCUGCCGCCGACGUCAAUUGCGUCCCACAGGCCCCGGAUACAUUUGAUGGUUAUAACCAUCUCGACUACCCUUAUCCCGCUGCAGAUGAGGUGCCCUGUGUCCAGCCUUCGCCUUCGCCGCCAACAGAAGAUGAUCAAGCGGCUCCGUACCCUCCACACGUCGACGCGUUCCGGACGCGGUUCGACGCCCACUCGAACGUCGUCCGGAUCGAGGUCCCUGUCACCUGCCCACGUCCGGGACUGCGGCGCGGUCGUGAGCCCAGAGGGGCUGCUAGACCACUUGCGAGACGUGCAUUGUUCCGACACCAAGUGCACGACGAAGGUGCAGUGCGGCUGGAGUGGGUGUGCCUCGGUGAUGACGCGGUCUGCGCUUCACCGGCACGUGCGGGACAACCACCUGCACUUCAAGAAGCUGCACUGUCCCUACUGUCAUACGACGGCUAG